ACAGUGUUUUGCCACAUGUCAGAGAGACAUUGGCUAUUACAAAACAGUCUUACUUUUAAUUAACGGCUAGUACAAUAUUAAUGAAACGACAGCGUGUUUUCCUUCUUCUUCCUUUCUUUCUUCAAUCCGACAUCGUUUCCUUCUUCCUUCAUAGCUGCUGCAAAUCCCUCUUAGUCUCGGAUUCUUCAUCUGCUACUCCUUCAACUUCUUCUUCAGUCAACAUUGUGGCCUGUGGGAAUCCAAACAAUUAAUUUCAAUUCAUGUGAAUUUCAGUAAGUAAAUUUAAAAUGUAUAUAUUUCACAUACAACCAUCUGACCCCACGUUUAAAUAAAAUAAAUUAUCAUCUAAUGUUAUAUAUUGAUGUACUAGCCAAAAGGUUAUUGUAAUUUUUCCAUUUGGUUUGUUGAACAUUUUAGAGAACCACCCUCAUGAUAAGAACGAAUCUUUUGCAAAAAAAUCUCAACCCUUCUACAACGACAAUAAAUUAACAAAAAUAACUGAAAAACAAAAAAUAACUCAAAAGAAUAACCAUUCACCUACCAACACCUCGGACUUGCUAAUAGUUUUUAACUAAAAAAACCAACUCUACCACACUCUUCUUUGUUAACUUUUAUUGUUAAUACUUUAGGUGUUAAGUAAAACAAAAUUUCAAAGUCGUCAUUAUUCAUUUUCUAAAACAUUACUUUAAAAACAAAACAAUAGCAAGAUUAAGCAAGAAAGAAGGAAUUUUUUUUAGAGAAUUUCUUGUCAUUCCUUUCACCAUUGUGUUACCUAAUAACAUAAUAUUCUACAACCAAGAGAAAAAUAGAGAGGUAAAAUAUAUUUCUUAUAUUGGCUUCCAAUGACAUGAAUUCCUUUCUUACCGGUCUCCUCUUCCUCCGGCUGAGAUUAAAAUUUCAAACUCUUCCAUUCCUCCUCCACGGAGAACGUUGCCAUUGAUUGCUGCCUCCUUCUAUAACGAUACAUAUCCUCGAUUUUGCAUUACUAUCAACAGGUCGUUCCUCUAACAUCCCAUUUUCCAAGAUAAUGUCUCAUUACCAUUCUACGUAACAUCAACAAUAGGAGAAAGAAGAAAAUAUUCAAAUUUGUGUUUGACCCUCCUCUCAUCUUGUUCACAAGCCUUAGAGAGGAGGUGACAUAACAUGGCGGGGACAGAGGACCCUUCUCCUGAUAAGAGAUCUGGUUGCGGGUUACUAACCGCGGUGUUCGGGAAAAAGGGAGGGGGGAUGUGGUCACGGAGAGGAACAUCUACAGGCUCCAUCCCACCUGUUGUGACGACAGUAGAAGCCAACCCCCGCAAUUUGGUCAUGUCCCCGAGUUUCGCAAAGAGGCGAAAGAACUCAGAAGAAGCCAUGAUGAAUGGAUCAAUGCAAGGUCAUCAUCAUCAAAAUCCAAUCCCUAUUAAUCAUCAUCCCACCAAGGUCCCUCCCUCGAAUUCCCAUCCAUACCACCAACCAUCAUCAAUAGGCAGAACACCAAAUGCAACAAGAACGACAAACAACAACGUCAAUGGGACAUAUGCAAGUAAGAAAGUGCCUAAGGAGAAAGUUAGCAUUUCUGGCGAGCUGGAUAGCAUGAUCAAUGAUCAUCAAAGGAACAACAAUGGGGAUAUUCAUUUGGUUCGUGCUUCCUCCAGUAACGUGAUGCUCUAUGGAAAUCUUGGAAACUUAAGGCAACCGCAACAACAAGGGGAUGAUGUAGGGAAUGCAUACUAUCAAAGUAGUGGGAUGGCGAAUGUUGCUAUGAAGAAACAAAGUGAAUAUAAGAACAAUGCGCCAUCGUCUCUUUGCAGAGCUCUUUCAACAAGAAUGGACCCUGAGCAAUUGAAGAUCAUGGGGAACGAGGAUUAUAAAAACGGGAAGUUUGCAGAGGCUCUGGCUCUUUACGAAGCUGCGAUUGCUAUUGACCCAAACAAGGCCUCGUACAGGAGCAACAAAAGUGCUGCAUUAACAGCCCUAGGAAGGAUUCUAGAGGCAGUCUUUGAGUGCAGGGAAGCCAUUCGAAUCGAACCCAAUUACCAUCGUGCACAUCACCGCCUUGCUAACUUGUACCUCAGAUUAGGAGACGUGGAGAAAUCGAUCUACCACUACAAACACGCAGGUCCGGAGGCGGAUCACAUCGACAUCUCAAAGGCGAGAUCCCUUCAAACUUGUCUCAACAACUGCACGGAGGCGAGGAGAACGCGCGAGUGGAACAAUCUCAUCAGAGAAACAGAGGCUGCCAUAAGAGCAGGAGCAGAUUCAGCUCCCCAAAUAUACGCACUACAAGCCGAGGCACUGAUGAAGCACAAUAAGCACCAGGAAGCAGAUGAUGCGAUGAAAAGGAGCCCGAAUUUCGACGCCGACGAGUGUACGAAGUUCUUUGGACCAAUUGGCAGCGCCAGCAUUUUGGCGGUGCGAGCUCAGGUGGACAUGGCAAUGGGAAGGUUCAAUGAUGCUCUGGCGGCAGCUCAGCGGGCGGCGGCGUUGGAUUCGAACAACAGGGAAGCCGGUGCGGCGAUGAGGAAGGCACGAGCCGUCGCGGCGGCUCGUGCCAACGGUAACCAACUGUUUAAGGUCGGGAAAUUUCAUGACGCAUUGGCGGCGUACGAGGAAGGGCUGCAGCACGAUCCUCACAACUCUGUUUUGCUCUGCAACCGAGCCGCCUGUAGAUCCAAGCUUGGCCAGUUGGAGAAGGCUGUUGACGACUGCUCCUCUGCUCUCAAUGUUCGCCCCGGGUAUGCCAAAGCCAGGCUGAGAAGAGCCGAUUGCUACGCUAAGUUGGAGAAAUUGGAAGCUUCAAUGGAAGACUACGAGAUGUUGCAAAAGGAAUCGCCAGAUGAUGAAGAGGUGAGGCGGGGUUUAAGGGAAGUUAAGGCAAGAUUGAGGAAACAAAGAGGAGAAAUGUGAUAUAAAUAGUAGAAAAAUGU